GAGUCGGGGCCUUUUUUUCCGCAUCCUGGUUGGUCAGGUUUAUACCAGUUUACUUUGUGUGCUGUAUUAGUCACCAUGUCCGAAACGGCGCCUCCCGCUCCCGCCGCUUCUGCUGCUCCUGAGAAACCUUCAGCUAGCAAGAAGGCAAAGAAACCUGCUAAAGCUGCAGUGGCCUCUAAGAAAAAGCCCGCUGGCCCUUCCGUGUCAGAGCUGAUCGUGCAGGCUGCUUCCUCCUCCAAGGAGCGUGGUGGUGUGUCGUUGGCUGCUCUUAAAAAGGCGCUGGCGGCCGCGGGCUACGAUGUGGAGAAGAACAACAGCCGCAUUAAGCUGGGUAUUAAGAGCCUGGUAAGCAAGGGAACGUUGGUGCAGACGAAGGGCACCGGCGCCUCGGGUUCCUUCAAACUCAACAAGAAGGCGUCCUUCGUGGAAACCAAGCCCGGCGCUUCAAAGGUGGCUGCAAAAAGCAAGGCAACGGGUGCAUCUAUAAAGCUCAAAAAGGCCACGGGGGUUAGCAAAAAGAACGUCAAGACUCCGAAAAAUGCUAAAAAGCCUGCGGCAACAAGGAAAUCCUCUAAGAGUCCCAAAAAACCCAAAGCUGUAAAACCCAAGAAAGUAGCUAAAAGCCCUGCUAAAACUAAGGCUAUAAAACCCAAGGCGGCCAAGGCUAAGGUGACGAAGCCAAAGACUGCCAAACCCAACAAAGCGGCACCCAAGAAAAAGUAAAUUCGGUUGGAAACUUAUACUAACCCAACGGCUCUUUUAAGAGCCACCUACACAUU